AAACGAAUCACUGAGACAUCGGACAUAUCGUUCUUUAACCUUUCAACGUUAUUAAUUUUUUAUCUUCUACCAAAGAUCCCCAAAUCCACACCAGAAAACCCUAAGCUCUAGAUCUCGACACUUCAACCUCGCAAACCCUUAAAUUGACCAUGGACGAACCAGCCGAAGGAGGCGCGAUUGCCGCGACGGCGAUCCAGCAGACUCCACGGAGGAACGUCCGUCGGAAGCUUGUUCAGUCGACGCUGCUCCUCCCGCGCAAACCUGACGAUGCGAUCGAGUCCGACGGAGAUCGAACACGCGACGCCGCAAACAACGAGGACGGCGAAGAAGGAGGAGAUGUCGAUUUCGGCAGCAGCCAAGGGAAGAAGACGAGGAAACAGAGGACUCCGAAGAAUAACGGAGCUCCCAAGAAGAUGGCUAAAGGAAAGUCGCCUCGUAAACCAACGCCUAAGAAAAAUGCAACUAAGAACGGAGUUGUAGCUGGUGGUGAUGAUGAUCAACAAACAUAUGUCUCUCCUCCAGUUCCUAAUUUGCGUCUGGAAGCAAAACUACGAGCUGAGGAAGAUUCGCGGAUGUCUGCUGGCAAGCAGUUACAUCCCUUUUUCUCAUCUCGGAAAGGAGGUAAAAAGAAUCAAGAAGCUGCAAAAGAGAAUGGUAGUUUUCAGGAGCAAGGAAAGGAUCAAAUUGGACCUAUCCAUGUAUUUGAGAGGUUUCAGGAUGGUUAUCUGACCAUUGAUUGGAAGAACUGGACUUUUGUUGAGCAUGUGUCUACUGCUUGGAGUUCUCAUCAACAAAUAAAAUUUGAGUCUCUUAAACUCGGACUCAAAGAAUUUGAUCUGAUUGAGCUUCCAACUCUUUCACAUCCUGACGUGUGCGUUAUCGAUGAUGAAAAGCCUGAAAAAUGUGCUACUCAAUCACAAGUUGUGGCAGAGGCAUCUCCGUUAGGCUCCUUAGAUGGAGCUCAAGUGGUGGGCUGUGAAGCAGUUAACUUGUCUAAUUAUGGUGAGGCUACAGCAGACGUUUCUCAUGAACUUCAAAGUGGCCAGUCUCGUAGUAGCUUGUGGGUAGAUAAGUACCAGCCGAGAAAUGCCUCGGAGGUAUGUGGUAAUACUGAAGCUGUAAAACUAAUGAAUGAAUGGCUCUGCCAAUGGCGUGAGAGAGGCUUUCAGGCAAGCCAAGACUUUUUGAGAAGUGAUGCAGAGAAUUCGCAAGAUGCUGACUACAACUGUUCUGAAAGUGAUUCCGACUCAGAAAAUACUGACUGCCUGAAAAAUGUUCUCUUAAUCAUUGGUCCAGUUGGGAGUGGGAAAUCUGCAGCUGUUUAUGCAUGUACUAAGGAGCAAGGAUUCAAAAUCAUUGAGUCUAAUGCAUCGGAAUGCCGAAGCGGAACAGUUGUUAAGCAGAAGUUUGGGGAGGCUCUUGAGUCAAAUAGCUUAUCAAGGUCCUUGGAACCUCUUUUCAAUUCCUGUACUGAUGGCAAUGGGGUAGAGGAUGUGAUUGAAGUGACACCUGUAGCCAACUUGAAGCCUUUAAUUCUUUUUGAGGAUGUAGAUAUUUCCUUUGCUGAAGACCGUGGUCUCGUGUCUGCUAUCCAGGAGAUUGCUAAGAAAGCAAAAGGGCCUGUGGUAUUGACAGCCAAUGACAAGAAUCAUGGUCUGCCAGACAACUUGGAGAGGAUAGAGAUAUGCUUUUCUUUCCCAUCAACAGAAGAGCUGUUUAGCCACCUUUCUUCGGUUUGUGCAGCAGAGGAGGUUAAAGCUAAUCCUGAUUCACUACAGCGAUUGACCAUCUCUAGUGGUGGUGAUAUACGGAAAGCGAUCAUGCAAUUACAGUUUUGGAUUCAGAGUAAAUCAAAAAGAGUUAGAAAGGCCAAGAACACUGGUGAGCCAGAUCGAUUUGAUCACGAAGCUGGUCACGUGCUGCUUCCCAAGAUAAUUGCCCAGGAGUUUCCUUCUCAGUUAUCACAGUUUGUGGAGAGUGAGAUCGCUAAAUCAUUAUCCAUGGCGGAGGAAAGUUAUGACACAGUCGAAGUAUUUGUUGAAGAGGUUGAAAACGAGAAAAUGCUUGAUAGAUUGUGGAGGCGGGGCAUAGAAAAGAACACAAUAGAAGCCAAGAAAGCAGCCAUGUUAAGGCUGAACACUUGUUUUGAGGAUUGUGAUGAAUUAGAAGACGUUCCUUCUGAACUUACCGACACUUCCUACCAAACACUGUCUCUCUCUCGGCCAAACAGAAGAAGGAAGCUCAAUGUUGUGAUGUCCUCUGAUUCGGAAGAUGAACCUCUGAGUGACAUUAAUGAGGUGUCCCAUUCGGUUGAUGUAUCAUGUGUACCAGAAUCUUCAUAUGUUCCAGAAACUAUAAUGGAUGGGGAAGCUGAGCUGUCACCAAGAGCAGUAUCCUGUGGUCAUUUUGAUGGAAGAGUUGAAGCGUCCAUGAGUGAAGACGACGAUGUACAGAACUCCCUAUCAACAGAGAUACACAUUGACAAAUUACAGGGUUUUGAUUGCUUGAUGAAUACGUGUGAGAUCAUUGCACAAUCUUCUGAUGGGACAAUGAUGGAAGAUUAUGUAGGGAGUUCUCAGAAGAUGCAACAAGUAACAGAUGAAUGCAGCCGUAUAGAUUUUGGUAUGGCAUUCAAGGCCGCUCAAAAACCGAAGCUUGAUACGGUGCAAGAAUCAUGGAGAAAACUCUGUUCGAGGCAUGCUGAUCUGAAGCCAUACUUGGAUUCAGAACCUGUAGAAGCUCCACAGCUUCUUGACAUCACUCAUCAGAUAACCAAUCUAAUUUCAGAAGCUGAUCUGACACACUCUAGAUGCCUGAACUUUGUUGCGAUGGAGCCAAUGAUGAACGCUUCUGGAGAUCUUGACACGUCUGGCCUAGCUAAUGUGCUUGAACAGAUGACUUCUACUGUGUCACAGCAAGGAUUUAGCUUUUUCACAAACCAAAUUGCUACAACAGAAUCCGUCCCUACUUCAUCAGCCACAAUGCAGGAUUACACAUUGAGCAGUGGAGGCUGCUUGGAUAUGAAACCAGAACCACAUAUUAACGUAUCAAAUUGUGAGCGAAUGGAACAACUUUCCGGCAUAUUAGAGUCAGUAGUCCCACUAAGAUCAUUGAAAGGAAGAGCUUUCCAUGAAUACGCUUCAUUCAUAAGUCAGAUUUCAAGAGCUGACCCCUCUAAUGUAUCUGGAGCCAUAGAGAAAACCAGACGGCGAAGGUCAAGAGAAGCUCGACAUUAUCUAUCAAUGGAUCUUUCCUCAGAAGACAUUGCAUUCUUGAGCCAACACAGCACAUAUAGAAGAAACGAAUAAACCAGCAGAUUCAAUUGUAUAGAUAUUAGAAACGCUCCACACUUGAAGAAGAGUUUUAAAACAUGUUUGCUCAGCAAUAACUUAGCAGAGAUUAGAGAUUGACCCUUGCUUUAGGCAUAUGACCUUGGUGCAUAUUUAUAUAUACACUCUCUACUUAA